AUGUAUCCCACUGGUUCUUCUGAGAGAAGUGGACAAAAUCACUCUACAAACGAUACCGGAGACGAAAAAAAUCAUAAUACUAUUACUCUUUCUUAUAACGAUAAUACAAUCAACCCAACUGUAUACUCAAAUACGAUUAUGACUUCUUUUAAUGAUAAUGAACAAUUCUAUUCAAGUGUUGUUGGUCAAGUCUACUCGAGAGAAACGGUAACGAUUUAUGGUAAUCCUCCAACAAAUUUUUGGAAUCAAAGCCCAGUCGUUGGCUUAUGUUAUUUUUGUAAUUCUACUAUAAAUCCGCAAGACAUCGAUACGAUUACUUGCACAUCGGAAAAUUGCAAUAUUAAUUCCCAUACUGGGUGCUUAAUGAAAUAUGGACUUUAUGACUUCAAUCAAUCAUGGUACUGUCCAAACUGUAUGCCACCACGUCCUCCCGCAAGACAAAUGGAAUCAUUAAACGACGAAAAUAUUGAAGCCAAUCAAUCUCCACCGAAAAAUCCUUUGCAUUUGCUAUUGGAAGCAUCGGACCAAAUCCAAUCAAAUUCUAGGACUAAUACAACCCAAAUAAACACCGUCAAUGAUUCGUCUUUUACACCUUUAUUGAAUUCAUCUACGCAACUUAUUGAAAAUAAUGAUAUUUCAACACGACCAAAACUUAUGACUUCCAAAGAAUUUAUUUUUCAGCCUUUUCAUGGUGACAAUUCGGAUGUUAACGAUACCAUUAAUGGUGAAAAUGAAAAGGUAGAAAAGCGAAAUAAUUCUAUACGUAAUCUUGAAAGAACACGUACACGACAAAAUCAGGUCACCAGCGCACUUAAAGAAUCAGUUGCUAGGCUCUCACGGGAACAUGCUAAACAAUUCGAAAGAUACGAAUCCUUAGAAAAAGAUAACGAAAAACUUAAUAAUGUUUUACAAAAAUUAAAACUUGCGCUUGUUCCAUUGGCUCAAGAAAGACACGUUUUGCAAAUUUUGCGUAAACAGAAUGAAGAUUUGCAAGAACAGGAUAUCGGUCAAGAUAACGUUUUGCAAUUAUUCUUGAAGAUUGGUACCACCUCAACACCUUCUAAUGCAAUUACUUCUACUUCAUAUAUACCAUACUUACCUACAAUUGGUUCCUCAUUAUAUGAAAGAUGUCAGAAAUGCUCAAAGAUUGGUGGACAUUUAAUUUCUUGCGUGAAUUGUCAUGUUAUUCAACAUAUCGCUUGUUGUAGUAAAGGAGAAAAACCUUCCACGGAAAUGAUAGACAUUCGAUGGCUGUGUAUUAAUUGCAAAAAUGCUAACCCAAAACGUAAAAAUUAUACGGAAAGCGUAGACAUAAAAGUCGUCCCAUCUAGUUUAAUUGGUGGAUAUAAACGCAUUAAAGUAUGUAAUCCAACUAAAGAAAACGGAACCAAAUCAAGAAAUAAUUCGACUUUAAAUAGUAUUAGUAUUCAAAAUCUUGAUAAAGGUUGUGACGAAGGAGUUUUAUCGCCACAACUUACUCCUCAUAAAGCAGAAACAAAUGAAGGAAAUACGUUAACCAUGGAAGUAAAAAUUAAGGAUCAACGAGAUUCUACCGAUUUGACACUCCCAAAUACUCCCAUGUCGGGAGAAAAUGAAAGCGAUGAUAGCAGUUUUACUGGCAAUGGUUCGGAAAUGGAAAUGGAAAUUGAAUCUAAUCAAGACGAAUUAAAACUUGGGCUUUUAGAUCGAGCGCCCCCAUCAGACAAUGGCCCGGAAGCAACUAGACAACCAGCGCGUUUUGACGGGGACAUGUAUACUCCUCGGUGGGUACGUGGAGUUGGUAAGUCAAAGGAAGGACUUUGUCCUCAUUGUGAGCCUGUACGAUGGCUUAAAACAAAGAUUUCAGCUUAUUGGUAUCAUCUCAAUUAUCAACAUGGGAUUUCUUCCAUUACUGGAAGACCAUUUACGCAACCUACUGCAGAAAGAGUUAAUAAAAAGACUGGUAUGAAAGAAGCGCUUUGUCACAAGUGUAAUAAAUGGAUUUUAAAUCAAUCGCCACGUGACAAGGAUGUUUUAGUCCCCGAGAUUUAUUGGUAA